AUGGAGAGUUCGAUGGUACAGAUGGCCAAGACCAUUUGGUGGAUAUUAGUCAUAGGAGUGUUAGGUUUAGGGUUUCGUGUGUACGGUAAAGCGAUGGCGGAGCAAUGGAGGAUGCGGAGGAGGCUCAAGAUGCAAGGCGUGAAGGGUCCUCCGCCGUCGCUAUUUCGUGGAAACGUCCCGGAGAUGCAAAAAAUUCAAUCACAAACAAUGAUUAACUCUAAAAACUACUCCGGUGAUAAUAUCAUCGCCCAUGACUACACUUCUUCUCUCUUUCCAUAUCUCGACCAUUGGCGAAAACAAUACGGGAGAGUGUACACGUACUCGACGGGGGUGAAGCAACACUUAUACAUGAACCACCCGGAGGUAGUGAAAGAGCUUAAUCAAGCCAACACUCUUAACCUUGGCAAAGUCUCCUACGUCACAAAACGCCUUAAGUCCAUUCUUGGCCGUGGCGUCAUCACCUCAAAUGGGCCUCACUGGGCCCAUCAACGCCGUAUCAUCGCCCCUGAGUUCUUUCUUAACAAAGUCAAGGGAAUGGUUGGUUUGAUGGUAAAUUCUGCGAUGCCAAUGCUUAGCAAAUGGGAAGAGAUGGUGAAAAUAGAAGGAGGAAUGGUGUGUGACAUAAGAGUCGACGAAGACCUAAGAGCUGUCUCUGCUGAUGUCAUCUCUAGAGCUUGCUUUGGGAGCUCUUUCUCCAAAGGCAAAGAGAUCUUCUCUAAGCUUAGAUGUCUUCAAAAGGCUAUCACUCACCACAACUUCCUCUUCGGCCUCAAUGGCUUCACUGAUAUUGUGUUCGGGACCAAGAAGCAUGGGAACGGGAAGAUUGAAGAGCUAGAGAAGCAUGUAGAGUCUUUGAUAUGGGAAACCGUCAAAGAGAGAGAAAGGGAAUGCGUGGGAGAUCACAAGAAGGAUCUAAUGCAAUUGAUACUUGAAGGAGCUAUGAGUAAUUGCGAAGGUAGCUUGGAGGACAAGACAUCAUCUUACAAAAGUUUCGUAGUGGACAAUUGUAAGAGCAUCUAUUUCGCUGGCCAUGAGACCAGUGCGAUUGCUGUCUCCUGGUGUCUUAUGCUCCUUGCCCUAAACCCUUCUUGGCAAACUCGGAUUCGUGAUGAAGUAUUUCGUUUCUGUAAAGAUGGUAUUCCCGACGCAGACUCUAUUUCCAACCUUAAAACGGUGACGAUGGUUAUCCAAGAAACGUUGAGGCUAUACCCACCAGCAGCAUUCGUGUCAAGAGAAGCCCUUGAAGACACAAAACUCGGAAGCCUCGUGGUGCCAAAGGGAGUGUGCAUUUGGACAUUGAUCCCUACAUUGCACAGAGACCCCGAGAUAUGGGGAGCUGACGCGAAUGAGUUCAAGCCAGAGAGAUUCAGCGAAGGAGUCUCUAAAGCAUGUAAAUACCCUCAGUCUUUCGUCCCAUUCGGCUUAGGGACAAGGUUGUGUUUAGGGAAAAACUUUGGUAUGAUGGAGCUCAAGGUUCUUGUAUCACUUAUUGUGUCAAGGUUUAGUUUUACUCUGUCUCCCACAUAUCAACACUCUCCAGUGUUUAGAAUGCUUGUAGAGCCUCAACAUGGUGUUGUCAUUAGGGUUAUUCGAAAUUAA